AUGGAGUGUUACAACAGGUAUCUACCGGGUAAUAAUAAAGCAUUUGCUCAUUAGUACAUGUAACUUUAGUUUGAGGCCCUUGUUAAAACUUACAUAGCUGCCACUUUUUCUGUCAUAUGUGCACUGUAUGACCUCAGCAAGAAGCACACAGGCCAUAAAUCUUCAGCCUGUAGAGCAUGGCAGCGGGCUUUUAGCCAGACAUUCUAAACUGGCAAUCCUGAAGGCAUGUUUUCCCAUAAAAAUUAUUAGAGAUUAAGUGAAUUUUCCUGUUUUUUUUUUUGUUUUUUUUUUCAAAAAAUAGAUGUCCAUAGGAUGGCUGGCACCCUUCUGGCUAAAACCUUGUAUUCUAGUCUCAACAAUGAUACCUCUUUGGUAGUGCUGACCUUUAAGGACUGGCCCUUUUAUCUUUUAAGAAAUAAUAAUGAUGUAGUAAUUCAAAGAAAAUUCUAUAUUACACUGAGCACUGUAUGUUUGUAUUUUUGUGCCUGGAUAGUGCUGUAUUACAGUGUACAGUCUGUACACAUAAUUAUGUGGUGGUGUCUUCAUUUGAUUUCUCAUCAUAAUAAUUAGGUAUUUUAUUCAAAUGUUUGAUACAGUGAUAUUCCCUUGCAUUUUGCUUCAGCUGCCACUAAAUUACUUCGCUUUAAAAUUGUGUAGAUUUUCAGGUUGUCUUUGGAUAAAUGACGCUUUUCAAGUCAGUACAAACAAGCUGACAUUUAUGGAUCUGGAAGUAAAGAUCAAAGAUAAGAAUACCAUUUUUAGCAGAAUCAUUUUAGGACAGGUGGGUGUAUAUAAUGAUAUAAGGCCAAGUUGA